ACGCAUGCGCACUACGAAGUGAAAGCUUGCGCUCAUAAACAACAUCAGCGUUAGCAGUGAGUGUCAAACUAUUGUCCAUAACCUUGAUGUUACACAGGUAUGGGACACACCGAAGAAUACUGAUAUUGCUUCGCAGCCGAAACAAAACACUAAAUCUGCCUGAAACGACACUAAAACGGAAGAAGAGAGAAGUGAAACCUCUAAGCUAGCUUACUUUUUGGAAGUCGCUCCUAACUGUUGACCGACUAACACUUGCUUCCUGUUAAAUAUGUGAGACACUCAAAGUAACGUCAGGUAACGACAGCAGGUAGGCUAAACAACCCACCACCGGACCCCGUGUGUCUACAUGAGUCUGCGGGCAGGAUGUCGCUGAGUUCAGGCGGUUGGACUCCGGGCUACACGCCGGACCAGUCCGCUGCCCUGCCCGGUCACUAUGUGGCCCCGCAGUCACAAGUUGGCUGCCAAACCGUCCUCAUGUCGGUUCGGGUGUCGGUGUGUCACUCUGGUAUUCGGCCGCUGUGUCUCCCCGGAGCAGGCGAUGUGUCACUCCGCCUGCAGCUUAUCAUGGAUCCGGGGAAGUCUGGGGAAUUCCGGUUGUCGCUCCAGCAGGACAGCAACGGGACCGGCCGGAGUGUGACCAUCACUGAGUUUGAUUUGAGGACAGUGAAAUAUGAGGUGAAGUCACCAAAGUGCCACGAGCUGAGUUUGGCGUCGCCGCCACAUGACCGCAUCAGCUUCAACUUCCGCUGCGCGCAGGAGGCUCAGGAGUGGGCUACGGUGGUGUUGUCCUCUCUGAGGGAAGCACACAGAGUCGGGCCUCAAGAUAACGGUCCACAGCGCCCCCUGGAUGGUCUCCAUCGUGAGAACACCUUAGUCUUGCAACGAACAGAGGAAACCUGCAUAGAGCUGACCCGAGCCAUAGAAGCAGGUGACAUGCAGUCUGCUUCCGUCUUUGCUGCCACCCUCGCCCGACAACGUGCCGCGCUCAAGAUUCAGCCCUCCGCCAGAGACAAUGAAGACAAUGAAAUCAACUUGGCUGUUGCAGUUGAGGAUUCUUCUUCGUCCUGUUGUGUCACUGUGAAAGUUUUCCCACAUAUGACCACUGCAGCACUGAAACAGCAGAUGUUCCUUGAGUAUGGUUUUCACCCUCGGGUGCAGCGCUGGGUGAUCGGUCAGUGUCUGUGCAUCGACCAGCGCUCUCUGGCCUCGUAUGGGGUUCGUCAGGACGAUGACACAGCCUUCUUGUACCUCCUGUCAGCCCGUCAUGCCCGCUUGACCCUCCAAGUCCUCCAGCAGGACCAAGAGAGCGCCCUCCUCCUCUGUCCUCCGACUCUGUCUCUCCCCACUCCUCCGCUGCCUGCUACUUCUUCAAAUGGCCCCUCAUCUCUGGACCGGAGGCCUUACAACACCCUGCCUCCGAGGCUCCAGACCUCGAAUGUUUCAGGUGGGUCCGAGAGAGGAAACAUCAGUGAGAUCAGAGAUCUCACCAACAUGGAGAUGCCUCAACUCACUGAAGCACUGAGCCCCAGCACGGCUUCCACCCAGGGUUGGUCGUGCCCUUCUUGCACUUACAUAAACAAACCAACGCGGCCGGGCUGUGAGAUCUGCAGCACAAACCGCCCGGAGAGCUACGUGGUCCCGGGGGGAUACCGACCUGACGAACUGGAGCUCAGACGGAUCCAGCAGGAGAAGGAGGCGAUCAGACAGUACCAGCAGGCAAAGGACGAGGAGCGCAGGCAGAAUUUUGCCCGGCUCGUGAUGCUGGAUGGACAGGAAGUGCUGCCUAACCCAGAUCCAGUGGACUGUAGGAUCUGCUACGUGGACCUGCAGCGAGGCGAGGGCGUCCUGCUGAGGGAGUGUCUCCACUGCUUCUGCAGAGAGUGCUUACGCUCAGUCAUCAUGCUGAGUGAGGAGCCGGAGGUGGCCUGUCCCUACAGAGACGACACGUAUUCCUGUUCCUGCUUCCUGCAGGAGAGGGAGAUCAGAGCCUUGGUCCCAGCAGAGGAGUACGAGCGCUGGCUGCAGAGAGGUCUGUCGGUGGCAGAGUCUCGAUGUGAGGGCAGCUACCACUGUGCCACCCCCGACUGUCCGGGCUGGUGUGUGUACGAGGACACCGUCAACGUCUUCCACUGCCCCGUCUGCACCAAACUCAACUGCCUGAUUUGCAAGUCCAUCCACGAGGGAAUGAACUGUAAGCAGUACCAGGAUGAUCUUGCAGCCCGCGCUGUAAAUGACUCUGCUGCCAGGAGGACGACACAUCUACUCAAGACUCUUGUGCAGUCGGGGGAGGCGAUGCACUGUCCCCAGUGUGGCAUCAUUGUGCAGAAGAGGGAUGGAUGUGAUUGGCUGCGCUGCACCGUCUGUCACACUGAGAUCUGCUGGGUAACCAGAGGCCCCCGCUGGGGUCCGAGGGGUCCCGGAGACGCCAGCGGAGGAUGUCGCUGCAACGUCGACAAUCAGAAAUGCCAUCCUAAAUGUCAAAACUGCCACUGAGAAUCUCAGGAGUGGUCAGAUUGUGGACUGGACUGGAAGACACAAUUUUAAAUGAACUAUUCUCGAAAAUAGAGAAAAGAGAAUUAAGGUUAAUUUAAGAAAAGAUAUUAUAUUUAAGCCAAAACUGCAGGAUUGUUACAUUCAAUGCAUCCGCUUCAUGUAACUGGGGAAUACAUAUUUCUAACCGUCACUUUUCAGUGCCAUCAGAAUAACAAACAUUUAGCUCUGCCUCAAAAAGUAUUUAUAACAUUUGACUGUUAAGAUGAUCAGGGUGGUUACAAGACUGCAGGAAAAGUAGUGUUAACUUUACACUGAUUGCACUGCAAAUGUAGUAAUACAGGUGUGUUUUUUCUGUUUUGGUAGUUACAUACCAGGAUGCAUUACAUUAAAGAGAGAGUUCGUAUGUUUGAGGUGUGUUUGAUGAGGUGAGGUGUGUUACUACAGCCGAGGCAGUUUGUAGGAACAGACAGUGGGACGCUAAGCUCUGUACUGCUGUGGACGGCGCAGCAGCACAGCAUAUUUUAGACUCCUAAACAUUCAGUAUCUGUUUAAAUGUAUCUCAAUACAAACCCUCUUCAGAACAUACAAACUAUCCCUUUAAAUUGAAGUGGCCUUAUUCUUGUGCACAAAGCUGUAGCAGGGUGUAUGAUGACGUUUUCGGGGAAUCGUGACAAAAUCCUUGUUGUGUCCUUGAUGUGCAAUUUUCAAAGUGUAUAGAUUUAUAUAUUGUUAUAUUUGUUUGUGUCUGUUAGUCUGACUGCAUGUGCACGUUGUCACCAAAGAGGUUUGAAAUGUGUAGAUUGUUAAUGUUUGCAUUCUGUUAAUCACUCGCAUGCUUCUGUACUGCAGAGUACAGAGGUCGCUGAGCUGCUGCAGACCGGCUGAGUGUUAUAUGAUCACAUUAUUAAUAAUGGUGCAUUGAUUAAUAGUCAGAUGUUUAUCGCAAUACUUGAAUACUUUCUGAGAAGACUCAUGUAAACACAUUUUGUCAAUAAGCUCAUAAUCCUGUGAAGGAACUCGAAUAUGAUCGGCUGCAUAUGGUGAUAUUAGCCAGCAUGCUUUUUUAAUUGUUUACAAGCUUUGUAUCCAUGGCAAUAUUUGAAAUAUUUUUCUAAUUAAUUUUUGCAUGAAUUUGUUAUUCUGAUACAUUAAAUCCACGACUACACUACUGCCCCACACUGACAAGCCAUGAAAAGUCUUCACUGUUACUUUUGUUUGAAUAUCAGCUGUGUGUUGCUGAUGUACAGUUGUGCCUUAAUUAUCAAUAAAUAUCCUUUAAACACAAA